AUGAAUAAUUCCUCCCAUUAUCAAAAACUAGGUAGACAAGGGCAACGUGAAUGUAAUAAUAAUUAUUUGAAUUAUAUAGAGCUUAAAAGGAAUGAUAAAAGAACUGGGCCAGUCAGAGCUAAGCAUCCCGCUAAUCUUACAGCUAACUAUCCCAUUCAUCAUGAAGUCUACACUUCUCAGAGACAACACUACAACUAGCACAAUUAGCCUUCAAGUUUACCUAGAGAUGUCCCUUCUAAUACUGCAAAGUCUCUAGAAAAAUCAAAAAAGAAAACAUUCAGUCUUAUUGAAUUAAUGGCUAAGACAAAGCAAUAGCUUACAUUUGAAAUAAAUGCGCCAGAUCACCAUAAGAUAUCGCUGAUGAACCAAAUUGAGACUAUGAUUAAUGAUCUUAACAAUUAAAUCGUCAAUAUAAGUGAAGAUCUCGGCAAGUCAAGAUAAGGCAUUUCAAUAAAUAUUGACUCUAAAAGAACCAAGAGAAAAGUUAGAAGACUUGAUGAACAAGUUAAUGACAUUAUUCAAAAAGUAUAAUAACUGACAUUAGAUGAAAGAAGCACGGGUACUGACAAAAGCAGAACUUAACUCAAGGUAAAUAACUUUCAAGUCUACAAUGACAAUAGCUCCCUUUCAACCAAUCUAUCUUCAUAAAUUAGAAAACCGACCUUGCUAGAUCCUUAGCACAUUUAGCAUGACAUGAGAUCUCUUAGUAGACCAAGACAUGAAUAUGGUUCUAAUCCUAUGAGCACUCAUUAUGCAGCCAGACAAGAAAUGUUUUAUCAUAAUAACAAUCAGUCAAUUGGCUCUUUAGGCAAUGAAAAUUAUCCGUCAAUCCACUCUAGUCAUAAUCUUUCACAAAUAUAAAAAUCAAAGUCAGAGUUGUAAAAGAAGCAGCACCCAAAUAGAUAUUAACAGCUGUUCAACUAGAAUGACGAGACUUGGAAAAAACUCUAGGAACUUAUCAACAUUGGCACUGAUUCUGCAAUUAAUCUUAAUUUACUCAAUACUUCAGGUUCUUAAGAAGAUAAAUCAAAUGCUGGACCCGCUAUCAAAAUUCCAGAUAGGUUUGAUAAUGCCUCAGUUAACUAAUCCAGCAACUUCAAUUAACCAUCUUAAUAGAUAAAAAUCAAAGACUACUUAGAUUAAUAGGCCUAGCCAAAGAAUUCAGCCACAAACAGCUUACCUACAAUCUAAAAAGAAAGCACUGUUGAGAUCGAAUAGCUCAGAAACCAAAUUAAGGAAGUAAUGCAAAUCACUAAAGACCAAGGUCAUCAAACAAGCUUGAAAAUGCAGACUCUUGAGCAUUAAAGUUCGCAGUUAGAAUUCUAACUAACUAAAGUUGCAUAAGAACAGUCAAAGAUGACUGAGAACUUCCAAUAAUUAGAGAAUAGAUACAAAGACAUUAUCAAGGAAAAUCAAGCCAUAAAAAAUGAACUCUUAGAUCUGAGGAAAAAUCGGCAAAUCAUAACAAAAGUCACUCCAGACUCUAGCUUCAACUUGCCCCUAAACAGGACCAACAUCAAUGAGACAGUUGCAGGACACAAGCAAACUGAGAGUGACUUCUUCACCCCUAAUAAAACUAGAGACACUGAAAGAACCAUCAAGAGAGACCAUUACAAUAUAUCUACUGGGAAUUGUGACAAACCUUUAAUCAAUGACUAGUACCUUCAUUAUAGUAAUGCAAAUAAUCUAAGUAUGUUCAGCCAGGAAAAAACAAUGCCUUCAACUAUUUAGAAUACAGAGACCAAUCAUUAGGUAAAACUUAAUGGAAAGUUAUCUCUUAAUCAAAAUACUAGUAGCUAUUAUGCAGCUCCUUUUCACUCAAAACUUAACAGUGCUUACGAUAAGUCUGGGGGUGUCUAAAUAUAGCAGCAUAAUAACGCCAAUAAUAAUGAUAGACAUCUGGCCGAUUACAGAUUUAAUAAAUAUUCAUAGUAAUAGUAAUAUGUAUUGUGA